AUGGUCCCUCCCACUCACAACCGGGACCCCAGGGCCAGCGAACUGGUGCCCCUCUACGCUCCUCAUAUCGCCGGCAGAACCAUCCUCGUCACGGGAGUCUCGCCUGGCGGCCUUGGUGACUCUUUUGUCAAGCAGGUCGCAGUCGCCGAGCCGGCCAUGUUCAUCCUCGCCGGCCGCUCACCUGAGAGGUUCCGGGAGUUAGUCGCGGACCUCGCCACCGCACACCCCGAGAUCAAGGUCAAGUCAUUGGCCCUCGACCUCGCGUCCUUUGCCAACGUCCGCGCCGCUGCCGAGACGGUCAAGUCCUGGGCCGAUGUGCCGCACAUCGACGUCCUCGUUAACAACGCAGGCAUCAUGGCCGUGCCCUACAAGCUCACCGAGGACGGCUUCGAGAGCCAGUUCCAAACGAACCACCUCGGCCACUUUCUCUUCACGAACCUCAUCAUGUCCAAGAUCCUAGCAUCGGCGUCGCCACGCAUUGUCAACGUCAGCAGCACGGGCCACAGGCUGCACCACAUACGCUGGACGGACUACAACUUCAACAAGGGGGAGCACUACAACAGAUGGAUGGCGUACGGACAAUCGAAGACGGCCAACAGCCUGUUCUCGAUCGCGCUCGCCGAGAGACUGGGCUCCGCUGCCGGCGGCCUGACGGCCCUUAGCCUGUGCCCGGGAUACGUCGUCACGAACCUCGCCGCGCACGGGGCGGACGAUUUCUCCGGAUUCCUGGAGGACCUACGCAAGGCACACGUGCUGGCCGGGUCGAAGUGGAUGUGGGGGAUGCAAAACAUCGAGCCCAAGGAUUUCGACCAUGGCGUAUCGACGCACGUGUUUGCGGCGUUUGCGCCGGAGCUGAAGGAGAAGAACGGGGAGUUCCUAACAAAUUGCCGCGUCGCGGACCCGUGGGAAGAGGAAGUCUUCCCGUGGGCAAAGAGUAAGAUCGAUGCGGAAAUGCUAUGGGCUUUGAGCGAGAAACUCGUCGGGCAGGAGUUCAGAUAUUGA